CCCAAAAUCCGAUUUCCACACUCUACCCCUUUUACCGCUCACUCUCUUCAAUUCAGACCCCACUGAUUGUUUCCCGCAAUGGAUUCGUGUUGAAGUAGUGUUUACGCCUCAGAAAUUCGUAAAUUGGUUAAACCCAGGAGCAAAUUUUGAAUCUUUCGGUGCGCCAUGAACGCUCCAAUUAUAGACCCGCUGCAGGGGGACUUUCCCGAAGUGAUAGAGGAGUAUUUGGAGCGUGGAGUUAUGAAAUGCAUCGCCUUUAAUCGACGUGGAAACCUUCUUGCUGCUGGGUGCUCUGAUGGAAGUUGUGUCAUAUGGGAUUUUGAAACCAGAGGCAUUGCUAAAGAAUUAAAAGAUAAGGAAUGUGCUGCCGCAAUAACAAGUGUUUGUUGGUCCAAGUAUGGCCACCGCAUACUGGUGUCAGCUGCAGAUAAGACAUUGACUCUUUGGGACGUGGUCAAAGGAGAGAGAAUCGCUCAAAUUUCCCUACAACAAGCUCCUUUGCAAGCUCGUCUGCAUCCUGGUUCAUCCACUCCGUCACUUUGCCUAGCUUGUCCUCUGUCAUCAGCGCCCAUGAUCGUCGACUUGCUCACAAAAACCGUAACUGGGCUUCCUGUGUCAUUGUCUGAUACAGGGGAUGGUGCUACCCCUCCAAUACGAAAUAAGUUUUCAGAUGGAUCUGCUGCAUAUACACCUACUGCUGCGUGCUUCAACAAGUACGGCGAUUUGAUAUAUGUAGGAAAUUCCAAAGGAGAGAUACUGAUAAUUGGUAGUACAAGCCUUGAAAUACUUGGUAUAGUUUCUGUACCGGGGAGCGCUGUCAUAAAGAAUAUCGUGUUUAACAGAAGUGGACGAUAUCUUCUGACAAACUCAAAUGAUAGAAUCAUCAGAAUCUACGAAAACCUUUUGCCACUCAAAGGUGGGCUUGAAGCGCUGGGUAAAGCUAACCAUGAAUCUGCUGAGCAAGAUGAAGAUAAAAAGUUAAAAGCUGCAGGAUCGAGGUCUCUGGCUCUUUUCCAAGAGUUUCAGGAUUCGAUCACCAGAGUGCACUGGAAAGCACCAUGCUUUAGCGGUGACGGGGAAUGGGUGGUUGGAGGUUCUGCUAGCAAAGGAGAGCAUAAGAUAUAUAUAUGGGACAGGGCCGGGCAUCUUGUAAAAAUUCUCGAGGGCCCAAAAGAAGCAUUAAUAGAUCUGGCAUGGCAUCCCAUUAAACCUGUGGUUGUUUCCGUCUCCUUGACUGGCUUGGUUUAUAUCUGGGCAAAGGAUUAUACGGAGAACUGGAGUGCCUUUGCUCCUGAUUUUAAAGAGCUUGAAGAAAAUGAGGAGUAUGUGGAGCGAGAAGAUGAGUUUGAUUUGGUGCCUGAAACAGAAAAGGUAAAAGAUUUAGGUAUCAACGAAGAUGAAGAUAUUGAUAUUUUGAACACCGAGGGAGAUUCUGCCUUCAGUGACUCAGACAUGUCCCAGGGAGAAAUACGCUUCUUACCCCCUGAUCCAUGCCCCGAUGUUCAGAUGGAAGACGGGCUUGUUGUAAAUACUUCAAAGGAAGGGGAAAUCAGUGAGACUGAAUCUCCUCUUUCCGAGGAGGCAGGACAAAAUGGCCAUCUAACAAAUCACGAAUCCAGUCCCCUUGAUGAAGACACAGGAGGAAUGCGCUUAAAAAGAAAGAGGAUGCCUUCAGAGAAGUUUCUGGAUUUUGAAACUGAAAUCUCUCCGGUUGUUCUUGCAUAUUGGAAUUUCCAUCCGCCAUCCUCAUUAAUACGAUACGAAGCUGUAGGUGACAUAAGCAGUGAGUGCCACGAUAACGAGCAUAGCCGUCCCCAUAUUCACCAGCAAUUGCCUUUCUUCAUUGAGCUCCGGAUUCCCGCAGCUACGUCUUUCUCCAAUUUCUUCAUCUUGGUAGUCUCCUUACCUUCCUUCUCUCUUGCUUCGUCGUCUGGUUUCUCUGAUGCAACGUGCUUUUCUUUAGUUACAUUGCUUUCUUUAUUUACAUUAAUCUUGGAAGUUACAUUUGGAGUACUUCUCAUUGGGGUAAAGCUCCUUCCUCUCCGAUCACUGUCCUUAUCAGGCGGGUUUUUUGGGCCGACUGAUGCCUUGUUGUUAGGUUCAGUUGAUGCCUUCAGAGGCUCUAAACUUUUCUCUUCUGCAGAUUGGCUCGUACCAUCAGCUGGAGAAGCUUUGUCUAGGCCCUUUUCCGGGAUAGGUUGCUUUUGAUUGCCAUCCAGAAAACGUUUCGUCUCCGGAUGACCUGAUAAAUCUUGUUGUUCGAUACCACCUUUCAUGUCUCUAACUUCUGGAGUACUUUCUGCUCGACCCUUUUGAGGGGUGGGUUGCUUUCGGGUGCCAUCAACACCUCCACUUCCCGUAGCAUCUUCUUUCCCAACUUUCUCUCUUGGGACUGAAAUGCUAAGUAUCCCUCCAUGGAACUUGGCACGAGCUGAAUUCAUUUCACCGUUUUCUGGAACUUGAAAGUCCUCCUGAAAGCGACUCCAUCUGUUGCCACCUACAAGGCGUUCUCCACGAACCCGGAUGGUGUUCCGGCCUUCCAAGGUAACCUUGACCUGCUCCUUCAUGAAACCUGCAAAAGAAAAGAUUUCAGCCAAAAUGCCGUAAUUUUGGUAUGUAAGUGAAAUGUCGUUUUAAUUCUCGUCUGAUUAUGCCACAUCUAUUAAUCAUGCAUGAAUAUUUCUUCGGUUGCAAAAUUAGAUCGAAUCAACAUUUCAGGAAUUAACACGCAUAUUUUACCGGUGUAUGCAAAACUAGAAUUUGACAACUCAGUCCGCUUACGCACCAGGAAGAUAAAUCCUGAGAAUGUGAGAUUCAUCGUCUUGCUGCCAUUCAGACUCUGGCGUAAAAUCAUCGUAGACUGGUCUUGCAACGCCUGAUCUUGUUGUCCGUCUAGAACUAGCGCCACCGCCACCUCUCGGCCUCAUUGCCAUUUCCUCUGCAACUAGUUUUUUCUCAAUGUGGUAGGGUCUAUUUUGAACUAUAUGACAGCAACUGUGUGUGUGUGUGUAUGUGUUUGUGACAGCCUCAUGCAUUGAGUUUACAUGUAUAUAUGCACACACAUGAGUUUCUUGAUAUGAAUGAAAAACCAUUGCUUUGCA